GCAGCUGGUCAAGAUGGAUGUGCAUGGCAAGAUCAGAGAAGUUCUUGCUGAGACUAUACGUGAAGAGUUAGCACCUGAGCAUCAGCAGUUAUCCACAGAAGAUCUGAUAAAAGCCUUAAGACAACGAGGAAUCAUUGAUGAUGUUAUGAAGGAACUUAAAUUUGUAACUGAUGUGAAUGAGAAGGUGAGGACUUCUGCUCCAAAACCAUCAACACAUUUUGUUGACAGAGAACCACCAGUUUUGGAAAAAACUAACAUUGACCCAACACGGAGGUAUCUUUACCUUCAGGUUUUGGGUGGAAAAGCUUUUCUGGAACAUCUUCAGGAACCGGAGCCUCUGCCUGGCCAAAUCUGUUCUACUUUCACUCUGUGUUUACAUUUUCGAAACCAGCGCUUCCGUUCUAAACCCGUACCCUGUGCCUGUGAGCCAGAUUUUCAUGAUGGUUUUUUACUUGAAGUACACAAGGAUAGCCUAGGUGAUAGAAGUAAGAUGAUGGAUGCAACCACUAUGUUAUCUAUAUGUGAUCCAGUGCAUAUCGUUCUGAUCAAAACAGACACAUUUGGUGAGACAACACUAGUAGCAUCCUAUUUCUUGGAGUGGCGAUCUGUCUUGGCUGCAGAGAAUGGCAUAACAAAUGUGGCUGUCGAACUCCUGGGUGUAGGCACAGAAUCAAAAGUUUCUGUUGGUGUUUUAAACGUCAGGCUGGAAAUGUAUCCACAGCUUAGUAAGAUGCUGUCUCCAGAAGUAACUAAUACCCAAUUUGCUCUGGAACAUCAGAAAACAGCAGAAAAAGAACGGUUAUUUCUUGUAUAUGCUAAACAAUGGUGGAGAGAAUACCUACAGAUUAGACCUACGCACAAUGUAAGGCUAGUAAAGAUUUUCGCACAGGAUGAAAAUGGAGUAAACCAUCCAGUAUGUUCAUAUAUCAGACCACUUCGAGCAGGCCGGUUACUAGACACACCUAGACAAGCAGCAAGAUUUGUCAGUGUCCUGGGUUAUGAAAGAGCUCCUGUCAUCGGAGGAGGUGGUGGCAAACAAGAACAGUGGUGCACGCUUCUUGCCUUUUUAUGUAGAAACAAGGGUGACUGUGAAGAUCAUGCUAAUCUGCUGUGCAGUCUUCUUCUUGGGUUUGGAUUGGAGGCCUUUGUGUGUGUUGGAACGAAAGCAAAAGGAGUCCCUCACACAUGGGUAAUGACUUGUGGAACUGAUGGAACAGUUACUUUUUGGGAGAGCUUAACAGGACAUAGGUACAUCCACAGACCUAUCAACCCUGAUGACCCUCCACUAGUUGAACAACCCAAGCCACUGUAUCCUUAUCGCACAAUCGGUUGUAUCUUCAACCAUCAAAAGUUCUUUGGAAAUUGUCAGCCCUCUGAUGCUGUGGAGGUCUGUGUGUUUGACCUGCAUGAUGAAUCUAAAUGGAAACCCAUGAGUGGAGAAGCAAUAAAAUCUGUAUGUCCCCCUGGAACAACAUCUUCAGUUCCCCCUUUUCCUCCUCUGUGUGCUUCCCCGAUAGAUGCUGCGAUAACGAGCAAUGAGAUAGAAUUGCAGAUGAGACUACUGGUGUCUGAACACAGAAAGGAUCUUGGCCUUUCUACUGUUUGGGAUGACCAUCUGUCCUAUCUGUUGUCACCAGCAUUAGCAGCCUAUGAGCUUGAACGUACAACAAGUAUUUCAGCAGGAAAUGAAGAGUUUCAAGAUGCUGUAAGAAGAGCAGUACCUGAUGGUCACACAUUUAAAGGGUUUCCUAUCCAUUUUGUGUACAGAAAUGCCAGGAGAGCAUUUGCCACGUGUCUUCGGUCUCCUUUUUGUGAAGAAAUAAUCUGCUGUAGGGGAGACCAAGUACGACUCGCAGUUCGUGUACGAGUGUUUACAUACCCUGAAUCUGCAUGUGCUGUUUGGAUCAUGUUUGCUUGUAAAUACCGCUCUGUCCUUUAAAA